GCCGACAAAACUGUUUUUUUUUUUUUAAAUCAGUUUUCGGCUAUGUAGUUGUAUAUCCUUAAAGCCCAAGUAGUGCCCCAAUAACCCUUUAAACCCAAUCAAAUGGCGGAUGUGGAGGAAGAGGAACCCCCUGCAGAGGUGAUCGAUGAGCAAAAUGAAGGUCAAGAGGUCGACGAGGAUCUCGAAGGAGAAGACAAAGUCGAAGGCGCGGACAACGACGAUGAGAACGAGGCUGAAGGGGAAGAGGAGUCUGAGGAAGAGGAGAAAGACCUAUUCGAGCUCCUCGGGGAAAGCGAGGGGGAAGACGAAGAGGAGCGGGCAAUGUACAAGGAGUAUCUGGAGGUGGUCGAGCAGAUCGAUGCCCAGAACCAGGUUAUUAAGGAUCUAAGGGCAAUGUCCACCAGAUUGAUGUGCAAGAAGUGCAAGACCUACAAGGACAAGCAGGAGUACAAGCAGCUCCGGUGCUGUCAGGAGCAGGAGGAGCUUCAUCUCAGGGUUCUGGUCAAUCGAACCAUUCAACUGCAGAACUUCGGAUCCCCCAGGCGGUAUGGAGACUUGGAAAUGGAGCUUACAGAAGCCGAUGAGAGCUACUUUCGCACUGCACUUCAGCCAUCCUGCUCAGAAGUGUGUUGCUGCUACUCGGACUUUGACUCAGAUUCCGAUUCCGAAAGUUAUGGCUGUUGUACGUAACGCGAAGCUGUGUGGUUUGGGGUUAUUGGUGGGGUCUUUUUGCGGUGCAAAAUAAAAUUUUUGGUUGACCAUAUCGUUGUAA